AGCCGGUCGCUUUUCAAACGGAGCACACGGGUAGUGUAGCGGAUGUUGACAGUCUCACACGUUGCUGUCUCUCAGGACUGUUCAGUAGAGGCAGGUUGUCGUCGACGUAGCGUUGUCUUUGUAUGUAACUGAGCAGACUGUGGGUCAGGAUGUCUGCAGCGUUGGUGAGGAGAGGACUGGAGCUGCUCAGCGACCAUCUUAAAGAUAACAGUAAAGUGAAGAAGAAGAAGCAGCAGACGCCGAGCUCGGCCUCGGUGAUGGAUUUGGUGAGCACCAAACGGCAGGGAGUCACCAAGCAGGUCAAACGGCUGCAGGGUCGCCUGGGCCCCGGCAAGAGCAAAGCUACGGUCAAAGACAAGAGGAUCAAGUCUGCAGUGGAGGAGUUCAGGAAGAAGCAGGGGAAAAGCCACCUGAGUGAUAACCUCAAGUACUUUAUGGAAACGGGCUACAAAGCAACAGAUUCCGACACUUCGAAGAUGGUGCAGCGCCUUUGA